GUUCGGGUUCCAAUUUAUUCACAACAGAUCCAAAAUCAUGUAAAAACGGUGAAUUUGUAGAAAGUUAUCGUUAAUAAAUUUUGAAGUACUAUCUGCAAAAAAUGUUUAAUACAUAAAAAAUCUCGAAGAUCAUUAGAAUGUUAUAUUAACUUGUAUGAAAGUGGAUUUAGUGGAACAAAUAAGUAGUAGCAGACGUAUCAGAAUAUAAACAGUGUUACAUUUACUUCGUUAGUAAGAAUUAAAAUAAAAUGCAAAUAAAUAUUAUACUUAUUAUAUUCAUUGCUGCUUCGUUAUUUACGGGUAUUCUUGGACUAUUACUCAUUUAUAUGGAAACCUACCUGCCCAUUUUGAUAACUCGUACUUUUCGUUAUGGUAAAUUCUGCAUUACUUAUCAAUCAAUAAUUACACAUGCAGAAGUACCUAAAAGAGAAUUGGAGGAGGAAAUGGAAAAGAUGGGGGUUAGCGAAAAACCAACCAGAAGGAUUAAAGAAUUAUACACAGGAACGAAGAAUGUGGUAAGGAUCAAGAACCACAACACAAAAGAAUUUUGGACAGUAAGGGGAGUCAGACAAAGAUGCCCGCUGAGCCCGACGUUAUUCAAUAUCUAUGUGGCAGGGCUGGAAGGGGAACUAAGGAAAGGACAAGCCGGGGCCAUAGCGAUAGGAGGAAAAAAGGUAUGGUCACUGACAUACGCAGACGAUAUCGUGUUGAUGGCGGAUAGAGAAGAGGAGCUAAAGGAGAUGUUAAGGAGACUCAACAAAUUUUUAAAAGAAGCCGAACUGGAACUGAGCACGGAAGAAACAAAAAUAGUAGUAUUCAAAAAAAGAAGGAAUAAAAUGAGACAAAGAAAGUGCAAAUGGGGAGAGGAAGGAUUAGAAGAAGUGGACGAGAUAAGAUACCUAGGGUACAUACUACAGAAAAACGGCAGUGAUGAGAAGCACAUACAAGACAGGAAAAAGAUAGCAAAAAUAGUAAUGAAGAAAACAUGGAGCGUGGGAGAAAGAAUAUUCAAACAGGACUACAAGAGGAGAAUGAAGAUGUUUGGAGCAUUGGUAGAGAGCGUGGUGCUGUUUGGAGCAGAGGUAUGGGGCUGGAACAUGGAAGAAAGAUUAGAUAGGAUCAAAAGAAGAUACGUGAAAUGGAUCUUAGGUUUAGAUUUGACAACACCAAACUAUAUACUGAUAGAAGAGUGCAAGCUAGAAGAAAUCAAGGAAAAAGCAUUAAAAAGAGCAGCAAGCUACGAGGAGAAAAACCUAGAAUCGAAAAAGGAGCUGGUAAAGGAGUGCAUAAAGAAAAGAGAGAGAAACUAGGGAAAUGGCCAGGAAGGGAAAAGAGCAAGAAAGAGAAAGAAGGGACUAGAAGAGGUGAAAAUGGAGGGACACAGAUGGAAGCAAGAGAAGAGCAAGAAAGGUUGACAGUAGACCAAAUUAUAGAAGGAAGAAAGAGAGAAGCAGAAGAGAGGGGAAAAAGGAUAAGGGAAUCCAAAUAUAACAGACAUUACAGAAAAAUC